UAGUAAGUGCGCGGAGCGGAGUCGCUUCACAUGUGGGGAGUUUUACAAGCCGCGUACAUCUCUUUGCGGACAGGCUGUAGGAGUAGACGCUGGCGCGUCCCAGCCCCGCAUUGAACGCUAACCGGACGCUUCAUGUAUUCACAGGUUGCUAGAGGUGACAUGGAGAAGAGCGGGAACAUCUGUCAGCAUCUGGCCAUCGCUAUAUUCCUCUUAUGUUCUUCAACCGCCACACACGGCAAACCUGUGGAUGGAAUUAACAUCAAGAAGAGGUCAGUCACGGAGCACCAGUUCAUGAACGACAAGGCCAGGACAAUCCACGCCUUGCGGCGACGGAUCUGGCUCAACAACGUAAUGGGCGAGAUAAACACAGCCGGGAGCCUCGAGGUGGCCGAGCGGCCGCUGCCAGGAUCCGCCAGCGAGACGGUGCUUCUCAUCAACGUGGGGCCCAGGAACAGCACCAACGCGGUCACCAGGACGGAGAGAAGAGAGGAGGACAAGCCGGGCGCACACAGGCACCAAAACGCCAGGAAGAACGGGAGAAGGAAGAAACAGGGCAAUAACAGCAGCCGCAGGGCCCAGAAAGGCCGGGUGCAGAACCGCAGGCGCGCCCGCUCCCCCGGGUCCCAACCCGGCUCCGGAGUCGCCCCAAGCCUAUCCCCACCGGCCAACUCCAGCUCUAACGCCCCGGUAACCACCGCCGCCUGAAUGAUUGAAAGAUACAGUAUGGAAACAGGCCCUUCGACCCACCGAGUCCACGCCGACCCCCUUCACACUAGUUCUAUGUUAUCCCACUUUCUCAUCCACCCACCCCCUUGCCCGUUUCACAGCUAAAUUAACCGAGGUCAGUCUGCAUGAUUUUGGA